UACCCGGAAGAAAAUCGGGGAUGAACGCAAUCUGGAGGGUAACUUCCUCUACAUAAUUUUACAGGAAGGGACAAAGUUGGAGGGGACCACAAUGAAUUGUGGUUGUAAGUUCUCCUCGGAAGUAGUAAAAUUACUCCGGAAGUGGAAACUACCUACUAAUUGCAUUCAUGAAGAGGCUUCACCAUACUCUCUGCUUGACAUCUGCUUAAACUACCUAACCUCUGACCUUGAGAAGUUUUGUACAGAAAGGCACGAUGGGACAUUAUGUUUGCAAGAGCCUGGAAUAUUUCCACAAGAAGUGGCUGACCGAUUGCUGCGGACAAUGGCAUUCCACGGACUGCUUAAUGAUGCAACAGUGGGGAUUUUUCGAGGCAAUCAGAUGCGUUUGAAAAGAGCCUGUAUCCGUAAAGCAAAAAUUUCUGCGGUAGCUUUUUGGAAAGCAUUCUGCCACCACAAGCUGGUGGAACUUGAUGCUACUGGUGUGAACGCAGACAUCACAAUCACAGAUAUCAUCAGUGGACUUGGCAGCAAUAAAUGGAUUCAGCAAAACCUGCAAUGCCUUGUGCUGAACUCAUUAACUCUUUCCCUGGAAGAUCCCUAUGAAAGGUGCUUCAGUCAGCUGACUGGCCUUCGUGCGUUGAGCAUCACCAAUGUUCUGUUUUACAAUGAAGAUCUUGCUGACGUGGCUUCGCUUCCAAGACUAGAAAGCCUGGAUAUCUCCAACACCUCCGUCACCGACAUAACCGCCAUCCUCACCUGUAAAGAUCGCCUCAAAUCGCUUACCAUGCACCACCUGAAAUGCUUGAAAAUGACAACCACUCAGAUUUUGGAUGUAAUACGAGAGUUAAAAUUCCUGAAUCACCUUGAUAUUUCAGAUGAUAAGCAGUUCACAUCUGAUAUUGCACUUCGUUUGUUAGAACAGAAAGACAUCUUGCCUAAUCUGGUAUCUUUGGACAUCUCGGGGAGGAAGCAUGUCACUGAUGAAGCUGUGGAAACAUUUGUAAAACAACGGCCGUUAAUGCAGUUUGUUGGGCUGCUUGCUACUGAUGCUGGCUAUUCAUUAUUUCUCACAGGAGAAGGGAAUUUGAAGGUUUCUGGAGAAGCAAAUGAAACUCAGAUUUCAGAAGCUCUGCGGCGUUACAGCGAGCGGGCAUUUUUUGUGAGAGAGGCACUGUUUCAUCUGUUUAGCCUUACGCACUUUAUGGAAAAUACCAAACCAGAAAUUCUGAAGCUUGUAGUUGUUGGUAUGAGAAAUCAUCCUCUGAAUUUGCCUGUGCAAUUAGCAGCAAGUGCCUGUGUGUUUAACCUGACAAAACAAGAUUUAGCUGCAGGCAUGCCAGUUAGGCUCCUAGCAGAUGUUACCCACUUACUCCUUAAAGCCAUGGAGCAUUUCCCCAACCACCAACAACUGCAAAAGAACUGUCUUUUAUCAUUGUGCAGUGAUAGGAUACUUCAGGAUGUCCCAUUUAACAGGUUUGAAGCAGCUAAACUUGUCAUGCAAUGGCUAUGUAAUCAUGAAGAUCAAAACAUGCAGAGGAUGGCAGUGGCUAUUAUUUCCAUUCUUGCUGCAAAGCUUUCAACAGAACAAACAGCUCAGCUUGGGGCAGAGCUCUUCAUUGUCAGGCAACUUCUUCAAAUUGUGAAGCAGAAAACAAAUCAGAACGUAGUGGACACUACACUUAAGUUUACACUGAGUGCACUUUGGAAUCUCACUGAUGAGUCUCCAACCACGUGUCGGCACUUUAUUGAAAAUCAAGGGCUGGAACUCUUCAUGAAAGUUUUGGAGUCUUUUCCUUCAGAGUCUUCUAUCCAGCAGAAAGUUCUUGGUCUUUUGAACAAUAUUGCAGAGGUUAAAGAACUCCAUUCUGAGCUAAUGUGGGAAGACUUCAUAGACCACAUCAGCAAGUUGUUGCACAGUGUUGAGGUGGAAGUCAGUUACUUUGCAGCUGGAAUUAUUGCUCAUUUAAUAUCCCGAGGAGAACAAGCCUGGACAUUAAGUCGCAACCAGAGAGCCUCACUCCUUGAUGAACUGCAUUCUGCCAUUUUGAAUUGGCCUACACCAGAAUGUGAAAUGGUGGCAUACAGGUCAUUCAACCCUUUUUUCCCCUUGCUCGGUUGCUUCAUGACUCCUGGGGUGCAGCUCUGGGCUGUAUGGGCUAUGCAACAUGUUUGCAGCAAAAAUCCUGCCAGGUACUGCAGUAUGUUAAUUGAAGAAGGUGGAUUGCAUCAUUUGUUUAACAUCAAAGAAAACAGCCAGACUGAUGCAGAUGUUCAGCGAAUUGCUGUCUCUAUCUUAGAUAGUUUAGAAAAACAUAUUUUGCGACAUGGACGGCCACCUCCUUAUUGAAAAAACAAA